CAGCUGGCGUCUGAGCCCCGCGGGAACCGCCCGCCCAGUCCGCGCCGGCCGCCGCCCGCGUCCCGCCAGCAGCUCUCCGACGGGCAGCGCGCCCCCGCCGCGGCCAUGGCGCAGGCUGGCGUCCUCGGCGAGGUGACCCAGGUGCUGUGCGCGGCCGGGGGCGCCUUGGAGCUGGAGGAGCUGCGGCGCCGCUUGCGGGAGGGCGUCGGCAACGACGCGCUGGAGCGGCUGCUGCGGGACCGCGGCCGCUUCGCGGUGGCGGCGAGGGCGGGCGGCGCGGCGGCCUCCGCGCAGCGCGUCGUGGUGGCCGUCUCGGCGCUGCGCCUGUGCCGCGCGUACCAGAGCCCCAAGCCGGGCUGCGUGGGGCUGUGCGCUCAGCUGCACCUCUGCAAGUUCUUGGUCUACGGGGCCUGCAAGUUCAUGAGGGCCGGGAAGAACUGUAGAAACAGUCACAGCUUGACGACAGAUCACAACCUGAGUGUGCUGAGAACUCACGGUGUUGACCACCUCAGCUACAGUGAGCUCUGCCAGCUUUUGUUUCAGAAUGACCCCUGGCUUUUGCCAGAGAUCUGCCUUCAUUACAACAAAGGAGAUGGACCCUACGGCUCUUGUUCCUUUCAAAAGCAGUGUAUCAAACUCCAUAUCUGCCAGUAUUUUUUACAGGGUGAAUGCAAGUUUGGCACUGGCUGUAAGAGAUCUCAUGAUAUCUCUAAUUCUGAGAAUCUGGAGAAACUGGAGAAGUUGGGCAUGAACUCCGAUCUGGUGAACAGGCUGCCUUCCAUAUACAGAAAUGCUCACGACAUCAAGAAUAGGAGCUCCACCUCCAGCAGAGGGCACCCUCCUCCUCCAGGCCCACAGGCCACUUCUGAAAGAAGAGAUAGUUCAGGUUGUGUAUCCCCAAACAAUGCUAACCAGGAGGAGAAUGAUCAGAUCUGCUUGUACCACAUCCGGAAAAGUUGUAGCUUUCAAGAUAAGUGCAAUAAAGUUCAUUUCCAUUUGCCAUAUCGAUGGCAGUUCUUGGACAGAGGCAAAUGGAAGGAUUUGGACAAAAUGGAGCUUAUUGAAGAGGCAUAUAGCAAUCCCAGAAAAGACAGGAUCCUCUGUGCUGAGUCAGCCAGCAACUUUCACUUUGAUUGUCUAGACUUUGACUCCAUGAUGUUUGGUGCUGCCCCAGCCCGCCGCCUCUCCACAGCCUCCUCGGUUACUAAACCUCCACACUUCAUCCUCACCACUGACUGGGUUUGGUACUGGACUGAUGAGUUUGGUUCUUGGCAGGAGUAUGGAAGACAAGGCAUGGAGCACCCCGUGACCACCGUCUGCAGCAGCGAUUUGGAGAAGGCCUACCUGGCAUACUGUGCACCUGGGUCUGAUGCCCAGGCAGCCAUUCUGAAGUUCCAGGCUGGAAAGCACAAAUAUGAGUUAGAUUUCAAAGCCUUUGUUCAGAAAAACCUGGUCUAUGGCACGGUCAGAAGGGUUUGCCGGAGACCCAAAUACGUGUCUCCCCAGGAGGUGAAGGUGAAGCAAACCUGCAGUGUCAAGUUUCAAGGCCCAAAGAGCAUCCCAGACCAUUGGGACCCCUCGGCCCUGCCAGACCCUGGCUUCAAGAAGAUUGCCCUCAGUUCUGCAUCGGAUGAAUAUCAGAAGGUCUGGAACCUCUUUAACCGCACACUGCCUUUCUACUUUGUUCAGAAGAUCGAGCGAGUCCAAAAUCUGGCCCUCUGGGAAGUCUACCAGUGGCAAAAAGGGCAGAUGCAGAAGAGAAAUGGAGGGAAGGUGGUAGAUGAGAGGCAGCUGUUCCAUGGCACCAGUGCCAGUUUCGUUGAUGCCAUCUGCCAGCAGAACUUUGACUGGAGGGUCUGUGGUCUUCAUGGUACUUCUUACGGCAAAGGGAGCUACUUUGCCCGCGACGCCGCAUAUUCCCACCACUACAGCAAAUCUGACACCAAGUCCCACACGAUGUUCCUGGCCCGGGUGCUGGUCGGGGAGUUCGUCCGAGGCAGCGCCUCCUUCGUCCGCCCCCCGGCCAAGGAAGGCCACGGCAACGUCUUCUAUGACAGCUGCGUGAACAGCAUGUCCGACCCCUCCAUCUUCGUGAUCUUCGAGAAGCACCAGAUCUACCCUGAGUACAUCAUCCAGUACACCAGCUCCACCAAGCCCGUGGCGGGGGUCUCCACCCUCUUCUCCUUAGCAUCUUUCUUUGGCGGCCGGCAGUGAGCGUGUGGUGAUGCUUUUAGUGCCUUUCAGGCUUCUUGUCCUUGGAGUAGCUGUUUGGGAAAGUUUUCUUCUUUUUUUCUUUUAACAGAAAACUUUUUAAUGAACUGUUCAUUUAACAUUGACUUCCUGAUGAAGUUACAUUCUUAAUCUCUCACUGAUGAUAGUUUUUAGUUUUAAGCCACUUUUGGGCUCAUUAGUAAACUAACCAGAAGUGACUGUAGGUGACUGUAUUACUUUUUAGUAGUGUGUUAAAAUUUUAUUAUUUACACUCUUUGUUGACUUGGCAGCUGAUGGGCACCAGGCACAGAGUUUCUAGAUACUAUUUUAUGGAUUGAUUUUAGAUUUAAGUUGCUUUCUCUGCAGUGAGUGGUUUGGUUUUUCAGGGUCUCAGUGGCAUCUCAUUUAAUUUUUUGUCAGAAUGACACAGUAGCCAUCGGUACAGGCGGCAGUCACUGUGUCUGUGGCUCUGGCUCUGAUCCAGGCAGCUCUUCUCCUGGGCUUCUGGCCUUGGAAUGGCCCGUAUAUCACAGGGUUAGAGCAAGUGGCUACUGUGUGGUGUCACCGCAGUCCUGUCAGUGGCCCUGUGUCCUGGCAGGGUCAGCAUCCCUCAGAGGAAGCGCUUUAAUCCUGGCAGGUGACAUGGUCCCCCCAAGGGCCCCCAGGCUCUGCCCACCAACACCCGUUGCCGCAUCUCCUGAGUACACUGGACACCCUCCAGAUGUGGGUUUUAUGUUCCUGUGAGAUUGGAAUACCUGUGCUGCAAAUGUCACAACAGAGUAUGGAAAUAAAAAAUAUUUAUCUGA